GGAUCUACGUGGGAUUGGUUGUACCCUUCUCACCCUUACCUACACCUAUAAAGCCAUAGAAAAACUUAGAUUUCUUCUAUUUUACCAAUAUACCAAUUGGAUCCACCGACGAAAGGAAUCACCGAAACAUGGCAGGGGUUUCGCUCCAGUGCGGUGAUUGCGGUACUCUCUUGAAAUCGGUUGAAGAAGCUCAAGAACAUGCUGAACUCACCUCACACUCCAAUUUCUCUGAAUCCACCGAACCCGUUCUCAAUCUCGUCUGCUCCACUUGCUCCAAACCCUGCCGAUCCAAAACCGAGAGUGAUUUGCACACCAAGAGAACCGGGCAUACUGAAUUUUCUGAUAAGACUGCCGAAGCGGCGAAGCCCAUAAGUUUAGAGGUUCCUAAGGGGAAUUCAGAAUCCCAAGAGGGUGGAACCAGUGAUCCGAAUGAAGAAAUGGUUGUUCCUGAUGUUGAUAAAAAGCUGCUUGAGGAACUUGAAUCAAUGGGCUUUUCAACAGCUCGUGCAACAAGGGCACUUCAUUUUUCUGGUAACACUAGCCUCGAGGCUGCUGUAACUUGGAUAGAAAACCACGAGAAUACGCCUGACAUAGAUGAAAUGCCCUUGGUAUCUGCCGUCAGUAAAGCUAAAGCUUCUAAACCCUCUCUUACCCCAGAAGAAACAAAUGCCAUUCUAAAGGAUCUAAGGGAGAAGGCUCGCAAGAAGAAAGAAGAAGAAGAGAAGAGAACGGAGAGAGAAAGAGAAAAGGAGAGAAUUCGAGUCGGUAAGGAGUUGCUUGAAGCAAAGAGGAUUGAAGAAGACAACGAGAGAAAACGGUUGUUAGCUUUGAGGAAAGCAGAGAAAGAGGAAGAGCGAAGGGCUAGAGAGAGAAUCAAACAAAAGUUGGAAGAAGACAAGGCGGAAAGAAGACGAAAACUUGGAUUGGCUCCAGAGGAGCCUUCAACAGCCAAACCUUCAGCUGUUGUAGAGGAGAAAAAGAGUUUCCUGCCAAUUAGGCCUGCCACAAAAACCGAGCAGAUGAGGGAGUGCUUGCGUUCUCUCAAGCAGAACCACAAGGAAGAUGAUGCCAGAGUGAAGAGAGCAUUCCAAACUCUGCUAACUUAUGUGGGGAAUGUUGCCAGAAAUCCUGCUGAAGAAAAAUUCAGGAAGAUUCGUCUUAGUAACGCAGCUUUUCAGGAAAGAGUUGGUGCUUUGAAAGGAGGCAUUGAAUUCCUUGAAAUUUGCGGGUUUGAGAAGAUCGAUGGCGGUGAAGUUUUGUUUUUGCCUAGGGAGAAGGUUGAUAUUGCAGUCCUAAAUUCAGCUGGAUCUGAACUAGACUCUGCAAUAAAGAAUCCCUUUUUUGGAGUUCUUUAGUUGAUUCAGUUGUAAUUUAAAGGCUUGACAAUUUUAGUUUGGUGUUUCAAGAUCAAGUGCUUUAUUUGUUCAUGAAACUCUUAUUUUUCAUAGCUUGAAGGGAUUCGGAGAUAUUUGUCCUUGUGUCGUUACUUUUUGGGGUUUAAGCUGUUUUUAAGCUUCAGAUACUUGAAGCAGUAUAAGCAAAAUAUUGAGAGGUGUAUAUCUAAAAUAUUUCAGGGAAUAAGUUAUUACCAAGAGUAUAUAGACAUUGUUGCCCCCCUAAGUAGAGGACUUUUGGAAGGUUUCA